AUGACCGGACAAACAGCUACAUCGUCAUCAUCUCCCGCCGUAGAUAUACGGCAUGGAGGUGGGACAGUGGAGCACCAUCAUCAUCAUGAGGGAGGCGGCCAUCAACGACAAGUGGGUGCCUGUAGGAUUGGAGACUAUCUAGUGCUGAAUACGCUGGGGGUGGGGACCUUUGGGAAGGUUAAGUUGGCUGAGCAUGUGGUGACUAAGGAAAAGGUCGCUGUGAAAAUAAUUAACAAGCAGAAGAUGCACCAGAUGAACAUGCACGGGAAGCUGUCCCGUGAGAUCAACAUCAUGCAGUUGAUGGCUCAUCCCCAUGUUAUUCGGAUGUACGAUCUCAUCGACACUCCAUCAGAAAUCUUCAUGAUCAUGGAAUACGUCUCGGGUGGCGAGUUGUUCGAUUAUAUUGUUCAUCGUAUGCGCCUAACCGAGGAUGAAGCAAGAAGGUUCUUCCAGCAAAUUCUAUCGGGUCUGGACUUUUGUCACCGUCAUUUAGUGACUCAUCGAGACCUCAAACCGGAAAACCUCCUUCUGGACGGCACUAAUAGCAACAUCAAGAUUGGUGACUUCGGCCUCUCUAAUAAGAUGUGUGAUGGUGAGUAUCUGAAGACUUCCUGUGGAAGCCCGAACUACGCAUCUCCUGAAGUUGUUUCCGGAAGGUUUUAUGUCGGACCUGAGGUCGACGUCUGGUCGUUGGGAGUUGUACUAUAUGCAUUGCUGUGCGGGUCACUGCCCUUCGAUGAUGAGAAUGUGCCUAACCUAUUUAGGAAGAUUAAACAUGGCAAUUUUACUCUACCUGGGCAUCUCUCGGCCGAUGCAAAAGAUCUCAUUGUUCAAAUGCUUGUUGUGGACAGCACUAAGAGGAUAACGAUCGAACAGAUUCGGCAGCAUAAAUGGUUUAAGAAGAACCUUCCUGAUUAUUUGAAGUACCCCUUGCGGGACUUGAGACCGGAUAAGUCUCAUCUAUUUGAUAAGGGCGUUAUCGAGGUAAGGAUGGGUGAUGUCAGGCGGAAGUGA